CCUACCGAGGAAGGGGUCAUAUGAGGUUGCUUCGUCACUGAUGCCACAUCAGAGAGCGCCGUCACCCCUAGCACCAACACCAUCGCUUUCGACAUCAUCGUUGGCAUCUAGAAACAUGAGCGAGAAAUUUCUCUUUCUUGGAGAAGAGCGGGGAGAACGACAGCGUUCCUUUCGCAGGCUCGUGGGCCUCGUCGUCGUCGCGCUCAUCGCAUCUUCUUUUCUCUCUUUUGCUCCCAAUCUCACGAUCAAGACGCCGAACGGCGCUUCUGGAACAGCACUGCGCCAAUCGGCUAGGUUCGUAGCAGCGCAGGCCCGCUGCGAUGCCAUCAAGGCCCCUGUCGGCCCGCCAACCGACUUCUCGAAGCGGGCCAAAUCCGAUCGCGCAAUCGAGGACUCGCCUGCCGUGUUGAUCCGGAACGUCAAACUCUGGACUGGCAAGCCGGUGGACGGGGACGAGUUUGGCGAGGUUCUGGAUGGCGUUGACGUCUUUGUUGAAGAAGGUAUCAUCAAGACCAUCGAAAAGACGGGUGCUAAGCAUUUUACCAAUCGCAAAGACAUCAAGCACAUCGAGGGCAAAGGCCGAUGGAUGUCGCCGGGCAUCAUCGAUGUGCAUGUCCACAGUGGAGUCGGGAUUCUUCCAGAUCUGCGAAGCAAUGCAGACACCAAUUCGCACAAAAGUCCCACGACGCCCGCACUCCGUUCCAUUGAUGCACUGUCGGCCCAAGAUUGGUCCUUUACUUCCAUCGCAUCAGGCGGAGUCACGACAGGCCUCGCCCUUCCUGGAAGCGCCAACAACGUGGGUGGACAAGCUUUUCCGAUCAAGUUCGGACGCCUUGGCCAAAACGCUGCUCGAUCCGGCGCAUGGUCUCGGGUUGUUGAUCCACCAACGUCGCUAACGCUUCCCGGAGAAGCGCUGUUUGAAGACGGAAGGAACGGCCUCUAUUCGCCCGAGACGGGCAUGCAGAGAGAAGAUCUCUCAAGCAGCUGGCGUCACAUGAAGAUGGCUUGCGGCGAGAACCCGAGGCGGGUCUACAAACAGACUCGCAUGGACGAAGCUCUGGCAUGGCGCCAGCUUUUCGAAAAGGCUCGUUCACUCAAGCAGAAACAGGAUGAUUUCUGCGCCGGCCUCGGACGAGUGAGGAGCGAGGCAGAAGCAGAAUUCCCUGACGAACUUGAACUCGAGGCCGUGGUCGCCCUACUUCGCGGCAAGGUCAAGCUCAACACGCACUGUUACACCGUUGCCGAUCUAACGUCAUUUGUGGCACAUACCAACGAGUUCCGCUUUCACCUCACGGCCUUUCACCAUGCUCACGAGACGUACCUCGUACCUGAUCUCCUCAAGAAGGCAUACGGAGGUCCACCUGCAAUCGCCCUGUUCAGUUUGAACGCAGACUACAAGAUGGAAUCUUACUUCGGCUCUCCAUUCGCGCCCGCUAUCCUAGCUCAAGAGAACUUCACAGUGAACAUCAAGAGUGACCAUCCCGUGACCGAUUCGAGGAGGGUUCUUGCCCAGGCAGCGCAGGCUCACCACUUCGGCCUGUCGGCGGGAAAAGCGCUCCGUGCGGUAACAUCCAACGCGGCCAUCACACUCGGGCUCGACCAUCGCAUCGGGCAGGCCAAAGAAGGCUUCGAUGCCGAUCUCGUCCUUUGGGACAAGCAUCCGCUUGCCCUGGGUGCCUCACCCGUGGAGGUUCUCAUCGACGGUGUUGUCCAAAAGAGAAAGAUCGGCCACGACACGCUGUCGGGCUCUAGCUUUGAGGCAAAAACGCCAAAACAGGCCAACUUCACAGAAGAGAUCAAGCGCGUCUCGGUGUCACGUCCAGAAAUCAUCGCUUGGGAAGAGCCGGCUUUUCCUGUCGCAAAGACGAAGGUCGCAAGCGUUGCAUUCAGCAAUGUCAGUCAGGUGUAUUCGCUCGACGGAGAGAAAGGCGCACGAAAGGUGACUGCGCAAAGCGGAAACGAUGCGGCCCCGCUCUCCGUCCUUAUCGAGGAAGGACAGGUCGUCUGCGUAGCGCACGAUUCAUCUCUCUGUCCUAGUACUGGGUCGGCGAAUCGGGCGAUCAACCUCAAUGGAGGCACACUUAUCCCCGGCGCUGUUGCCUUCGGGUCUCCUUUGGGCCUUGCCGACAUCAUGCCAGAACCUUCGGCGGGUGAUGGCUACUCUUCUGGCAAAUUCGACGACAGCACUUUCAUUCCUCGAGCCGUCGAUGGGCUCCGCUUCGGAGGUAACGACCUUCGACGCGCCCAUGCAAGUGGCGUGAGGACGGUUGUCUCGCACCCGCUCAGCGACGGAACAGGUCCCCUCCAAGGUGUUGCUGUGCAUUUCGACGCUGGCGCGACCAGUCUUUUCGACAAAGGUUCUCUUCGGAAAUCGGAGGUGGCUCUUUACAUCACGAUUGACCACUGGCAGGCAAGCGAUGAGAAGGCCUUGACGGUCUCGCAACAAAUCACAGCACUUCGACGGUCUCUUCUCAACCCGAAGAAGGACGCUACCUCCGACGAGUGGGCUCGAGUGUCCAACGGAACUUUACCACUCAUCGUCGAGGUUGCCAAAGCCGAGGUCAUCGACCAGCUCAUUCACACCAAGAUUCAACAUGACAAGAAAUUCGGUAAAAAGCUCAGGCUCGUCCUUUCGUCCGCGGAGGAAGCCUCCUACGGCAAGAUUCCAGAGAGGCUCGCGGAGCACAACAUUGCUGUGCUGACGAGCCCUUUCUCUUGGCCGAGAAUUUUUGAUGCCAAGAGGGGCGUCGUCAUUGAUGGUCACUACGCCGCGUCUAAAGAGUCGUCGUUGCUCAAAAAGCUCAAAGAGGCCGGUGUCAGGGUUGGGAUGAGCCUAGAAGAAAGUUGGCAGGCCAUGACACUGCUUUGGGAUACGGUCCAGGCGGGCGAACAGGCGGGGCUGAGCCGGCAAGAGUCCCUCGCGUUGAUGUCUUCUGAUAUCCUGGACAUCCUCGAUCUCGACUCCAAACAAGAGAUGGUAGCGUAUGAUGGCGAUCCCUUUCAAUACGGCGCAAGGGUGGUCGCAAUUUCCACGCCCACCGGCGUCGACCUCAUGGACUGAACGCACAAGAUUUUGACCCUCUGUGCUUGCAGAAUUGAUAUCAAUACUAUGGACCUUUUCCUCUCUUCCCUGUACUCGGCGACUAUGACGCGAGAAGAAGGGAAACGAUCUCUCCGCCGAAAGGUAGGCGGCUUACACUUCUUCACUGUCAUUUGUAGAAGACGUCG